GGCCCCUUCGCCGCCCCCCUCCGGAGGCCCCCGGUGUUGAAGAUGUCGGGGAGGAACCUCCUGAAACCUGCCGUGCUCCGCUCGCUUGCCCGCACCGCGCUGCUCCUGCUUCGGCUGUCGCUCUGACUCCCUGCGGCCCCCCUCCCCCUUUCCCCCGGCUUCGCCGUGCUCCCACUGAGACUGGAGGCGUGGGGCUUCCCCCCACCUGCCUCUGGCCUGGCCACGGGGACGCGUUCUUUCUCCCAACCCCGCACCUAGGGGCAGAGAGGUUACCGCGGCCUGAAGGCCACACUCUGCGCACCCCGGGCACCUGCCUGUCUCCUCGGCACUGCACAGACACGAGUCGCGCAGGGGCACCUGCACCUUUCCUCGGAAGAGUGGCCGUGUUUCUGGGUUAUGGGUCUGUGGCCAGACCAUGUGCAACAGACAGGAAUUUCAUCUGGAUCACAAGAUAAAGUUUCAGUUCCUGAUUCUGGACAAGAAAUGGCUGAACCUCAGGUGGCUGUGGCUCCUGUAGUAACAUCAAGGUUGUCUGUUAAAGCACCUGAGUUUUAUCCAUCAGGAUACAACCAGAACUUCAAUCAGAACUUCACAGAUUCUUCCUUUGAAGAUAGAUAUGAUGGCUAUCUGACUUUGGCAGAAUAUGUACAAGACUUCCUAAAUCACCUCACUGAGCAACCAGGUUGCUUUGAAAUGGAAAUAGAGCAGUUUGCUGAAACACUGAAUGGCUGGGUCACUUCAGAUGAAGCUUUACAAGAACUUGUUGAACUCAUCUAUCAGCAGGCCACAUCUGUCCCAAACUUUUCCUACAUGGGAGCACGGUUGUGUAACUAUCUAUCUCACCAUCUAACCAUUAGUCCACAAAGUGGGAACUUCCGGCAGUUGUUACUUCAAAGGUGUCGAACAGAGUAUGAAAACAGAGAUGAAGCUACCAAAGGAGAUGAGACAACUCGAAAACAAUUUCAUGCCUUUGUUCUGUUCUUAGCUGAACUUUACCUUAACCUAGAGAUUAAAGGAACAAAGGGACAAGUAAUGCGAGCAGAAAUCCUUCAGGAAGGCCUUCGGGAAUUAUUAAACGCGCUUUUCUCUAAUCCUGUGGACAGUAAUUUAAUAUGUGCAGUGAAACUGCUGAAGUUGACAGGCUCAGUUUUAGAAGAUGCCUGGAAAGAAAAAGGAAAGAAUGAUAUGGAGGAGAUGAUUCAGAGAAUUGAAAAUGUUGUGUUGGAUGCAAACUGUAGUAGAGAUGUGAAACAUAUGCUUCUGAAACUAGUAGAACUGCGAUCAAGUAACUGGGGUAGAGUUCAUGGAACUUCUCCACAUACAGAAGCUACCCCUGAAAAUGACCCAAACUAUUUUAUGAAUGAGCCAACAUUUUACACUUCUGAUGGUGUUCCUUUCACUGCAGCAGAUCCAGAUUACCAAGAAAAAUACCAAGAGCUGCUUGAAAGAGAGGAUUUGUUUCCAGAUUAUGAAGAAAAUGGAACAGACCUAUCAGGACCUGGAGAUCUGUGUUUUGAUGACAUUGACGAUGAGAUGGAUCCAGAAAUUGAAGAAGCAUAUGAAAAAUUCUGUCUAGAAUCUGAACAUAAGAGAAAACAGUGAGAUGUUACAGUUAAGGUUAGUUUUUGAAGCCAAUUUAGGCAUGGUUAGAAUACAGGGGGACACAAAAUGUUUGUACCAAAAUAAGGAACUUGAGUGUCUGAAAGUACUAAAGCUAUACAAUUUCCAUUUUGUUUAACAGAAUCUGCCAAAAAUUGUAAACUUAUACCCUGUAACUUAAAAUGUUGUGUAUAUAUCAUAGUUUAUUUUAUGUACAGGUAUAUGAACAAUGUUUUGGCUGCAAUUAAAAUUAUUU